UCAGCAGCAGUGGGCUGGCACACAUUCAAAGUGGGCGCACAUAGAGAGACACAGAGAGAGAGAGAGAGAGAGAGAGAGAGAGAGAGAGAUCCGCCGCCGCAUCUUGUGGAUUUCUUUGCGCUCCAGUCCGUUUUCAUGAGUCUCUCUGCUUCUCCUCACCCACAAACACGCCAGGAGUUGAUUUCACUUCCCGUGGAAAAAUGUGGAGUCGCUCAGUUGCGGCGGUCCUGGUUUUACUUCAUCUCAUCGGGGACGCGCUGGCAGGGUUUCCAAACCAAAUCAACAUCGGUGGACUGUUCAUGCGCUCCACAGUGCAGGAGCACAGCGCCUUCAGGUUUGCUGUCCAGCUCUACAACACCAACCAGAAUGUGACAGAAAAACCCUUCCACCUCAAUUAUAAUGUUGACAACUUGGAGUCCUCUAAUAGUUUCUCUGUCACACAUGCCUGUAAGUAA